UAAUCACUAACCCUUGAGACAAUAAUACGAUGUCGAUUUAUCCGUGAGUAAACGCCCCAUCUCUGACGAAAAUGGACGGCCUGGAUCUCCAGUCUGCAGUUUAUAAAGAAGACUAGGGUUUCCUCCCCAAACCCUUAGCGCUUUCUCUUAGGAGGUGGAACUCUACUCACUAGAAGCGCAGCCCGGCUCAGCUCCGAUCCAAUGGGGGCGUACAAGUAUGUCUCUGAGCUAUGGAGGAAGAAACAGUCUGAUGUCAUGAGGUUUUUGCAGAGGGUAAGGUGCUGGGAAUACCGUCAGCAUCCUUCAAUUGUCCGUGUGACCCAUCCAACCCGUCCUGACAAGGCUCGUCGCUUGGGCUAUAAGGCCAAACAGGGUUACGUGAUCUAUCGCGUUCGUGUCAGACGUGGUGGCAGGAAGAGGCCUGUUCCCAAGGGUAUUGUCUAUGGUAAGCCCACCAACCAGGGUGUGACUCAACUGAAGUUUCAGCGUAGCAAGAGGUCUGUUGCAGAGGAGCGCGCUGGUAGGAAAUUGGGUGGUCUGAGGGUUCUCAAUUCCUACUGGAUUAAUGAGGAUUCUACUUACAAGUAUUUUGAGGUAAUCUUAGUUGAUGUAGCACAUAAUGCCAUUCGAAAUGACCCAAGGAUCAACUGGCUAUGUGACCCUGUUCAUAAGCACAGGGAGCUCCGAGGUCUCACCUCUGCUGGCAAGAAAUAUAGGGGUCUACGUGGAAGGGGACAUCUCCACCACAAGAAUCGUCCUUCUCGCAGAGCAACAUGGAAGAGAAAUAACACUCUCUCACUUCGCCGUUACCGUUAAUUUCAUUGAUGUUCUUGGAAGUGUUAGUUUAUGGGUUUUGUCUGGAGAACAAAAUUGUUAUUACUUUGAGUUUGAAAUUUUGGAUAUUGGAAAGACUGCUGUUUUGGAAUCCCAACAAUCUGAGUGAAAAUGUUGAGCUUCUCGAUUUUUGCUUUAUUGGCGGUUUUAGAAGUGAUUAGCCUAUUAUUUUCUUGGACAAA